UUUUUAUGCUUGACUGCUGUAAACCCUAGCAAAUGCCCAACUGUUUCCUAUAUAAACCCUACUAUAAUACUGCUCCAUAAGGCUCAGCUUAUCUGAAGAAACCCUAGUUCAUAGUAAAAUGGCAGUUCCUCUACUUAAAAAGAAAGUAAUCAAGAAAAGGGUGAAGCAAUUCAAGAGACAUCAGAGUGAUAGGAGAAUUACUGUCAAGACAAACUGGCGCAGACCAAAGGGUAUUGACUCCAGAGUUAGAAGGAAGUUCAAGGGAUGUGUCUUGAUGCCCAAUAUCGGCUAUGGUUCUGACAAGAAGACUCGUCACUAUCUUCCAAACGGCUUUAAGAAGUUUGUUGUGCACAAUGCACGUGAGCUUGAUAUUUUAUUGAUGCACAAUAGGACUUACUGUGCAGAAAUUGCACAUAACGUAUCAACAAGGAAGAGAAAGGAAAUUGUUGAGAGAGCAGCCCAACUUGAUGUUGCAGUGACUAACAAGCUUGCUAGGUUGCGUAGCCAGGAGGAUGAAUGAGCUUUUUGGUUUUAUUUAGCGUUGUCAGCAGAAUGUUUUUGGAAAUAUUACUCAGUUUUGAUGUACUGUAUAAUUUUAUUAGGUGUUUGCCAUACUCAUUAUACCUUAUAUAUCUAGGAAAACAAAUAUGUUUAUCCCAUAUCUUUUUACAGAAGGAUAAACGUAUGGGAUAUGUUUUUAUUGUGCCCUAUAUAUUCUGUAAAAAGUUGCACUCAUGUUUACAGUGAAUCAGUUGAUUUAAACCUAGAUUUCGUUUGAGGGGCAAAUGUAUAGGAAAGAAAUGUUUGAUGUAAACAGUGUUAGUGAUUAUCUACAUAUACUUGCAUUUUUUUUCA